ACAAAAAUUUAGUUAUAUAUUUGACAUGGCCAUGCGAGGUCUCUACUUUACAAUACUCCUAUUAAUAUUCACCUUUGUGGUGGUAAAAUCAUUAAAUUGCCAACCCUGCAAACUACUUGAGGCUCGCAAAACUCAUGCAAAUGAGACGAUAGCUAAAAAAACAAUUAAAACAAUUGGGAAUAGAUAGAGAUACCUAUAGAGCGAGUGUGGGAGAGAGAGAGUGAGAAUUGGUCUGUUGUUGUUUUCCAAAAUAAUCAGCAACUUGUUGACUAAUUAGCAAAACACUUACGCAUACAAACAAAUAUACUCAACGAAAAUCAGACUUGACUAGAAACCACAGCAAAGUCUCAGUCUGAAUUGAACAUUCGUGCGACGCGCUACGUUUCAAAUUUUGUGUAAACUUUAAAUUCUCAGAACAAAAA